AAAAAAAAAUUUCACUUUUUUGCUAGACUUGUUUUGUCUUUAGAGCUACUUUUUCCUACAGACAACUGUGCCAAACUGACCCGCCCCAGUCUAUUACUCAACUCUACUUCUUUCUUCUCCGCGAUCUCUCAUCAUCGUCCGUCGUCGUCACCAAAGUGGGAGUCCAUCCUAACCACGACGAAGACGAACGACCCCUUAUUUGCUUUCACACUAAAUUUGAAGCUUUUUAAUUGCAGAGAGAGCAAUUCCCAAUAAUGGACGAGAAUUCGGCAUUAAUUGCAGCGAUUCUGAGAGAAGAUGAGUUAGCAGCUAACGGGUACCACAUCAAUGCCAGCGGAAACGAUGAUUAUAAUUGGAAAACUGUACAGAAUCACAAGCGGACCAAGAAAUCCUCUAAACCAUCCUCAGAUGUCUCCUUCCUCCGAAAUCUUACCACCGGAUUCUCCGCUUCGGGCGAUGUUUUCCGGCCGAUCGAGCUUCAUGCCGAGGAGCGUCGCAAGCGUGGUCUAGAGGUUCAAUUUGAUUCCGCUGCGGUCCAGACGGACUCCGUUGCCAACGGAUCGAACCGGCAUUCGGACGAUGAUGACGAAGAUAGCGAUGCGGAGCCUUCUGCUCCUCAGAAUGGCGGUGGCGACGAGCCGAAAAAGGUGAAGGUGAAGGCGAAGAAACCGAAGAAGUUGAAGGUGACGGUGACUGAGGCCGCUUCGAAGAUUGAUGUGGAUCAUCUGGAGACUUUUCUUGCUGAGAUUACUGCUUCUUAUGAAUCACAACAAGAUAUUCAGCUUAUGCGUUUUGCCGAUUACUUUGGUCGAGCUUUUGCUUCCGUCAGUGCGGCUCAGUUUCCAUGGUUGAAGACAUUCAAGGAGUCCAAUGUUGCAAAAUUGGCUGAUAUCCCUCUGAUUUAUAUAUCUGACAAGGUGUAUAAGACGUCGAUUGACUGGAUCAGCCAGCGGUCUUCCGAUGGACUUGGCUCUUUUACAUUGUGGUUAUUGGAUAGCAUUCUUGAUGACCUCGCAGUUCAUCAGGGAACUGCCAAGGGAUCCAAAAAGGUAGCUCAGCAAGCUCCAUCAAAGUCUCAGGUUGCCAUGUUUGUAGUUUUGGCAAUGGUGUUGCGGCGAAAACCUGAUAUAUUAAUCAGCUUAGUACCGACCUUGAAGGACAGUCCUAAAUAUCAAGGACAAGAAAAGCUUCCACUCAAUUCAUGGUUAGUUACUCAGGCUGCUUCUGGAGAUUUGGCUGUUGGGUUAUACGUGUGGGCUCAUUUUCUCUUGCCCCUGUUGAGUAGCAAGUCAACCUCUAAUCCACAGUCUAGAGAUCUGAUUUUGCAGGUAGCUGAAAGAAUUCUAUCCUCUCCCAAAGCUCGUACCAUUCUUGUAAAUGGUGCUGUUAGAAAGGGUGAGCGUAUAGUGCCUCCAUCUGCAGUAGAUAGUUUGAUAAGAGCCACUUUUACUGUCCCUUCUGCCCGACUUAAGGCAACUGAGAGAUUUGAAGCUAUUUAUCCUCUCUUAAAAGAGGUUGCCUUUGCUGGUUCCCCGGGAAGCAAAGCAAUGAAACAAGUUGCCCAACAGAUAUUUAAAUUUGCAGUCAAAGCAGUCAAAGAAGACGUUCCUGAUCUGUCAAAAGAAGCAAGUGACAUUUUUAUUUGGUGUUUGACACAGAGCUCUGAAUGUUACAAACAAUGGGACAUGAUGUACCUUGAAAAUCUUGAAUCGAGUGUUGUAGUAUUGAGAAAGCUGACUGGUGAAUGGAAGGCGCACUCAGUUAAACAUCUUACUCUUGACCCUUUGAGGGAAACAUUGAAGAGCUUUAGGCAAAAGAAUCUCAAGGAAUUAACGAACAAAGGAGACAGUGCACAUCAUGCUUUGUUGAAGGAAGCGGAAAAGUACAGCAAAGCACUUUUGGGACGACUGACGCGGGGCCAUGGAUGCUUAAAAAGCAUGGUGUUUGUGUCCAUCGCACUUGUAGCUGGUGCAGCUGUUAUGUCCCAAAAUGUUCAAUCUUGGGACCUAAAGAACCUUUCGGAAGUGUUUGGUUUCCCAUGAAAUUUUGGUUUUACUUCUCGAGAGAGAGGUCCAGCUGGUGAGUGAGGACCCACACCACUAUGAGAGGGUCCAGCAUAGACCGGUAAGGCUAGGAAAUCCAUCAAACUAUGGGUAGAGGAUAAAGUUUCAGUUUUUUACAUAAUCCAGUUGGCCAGGAAAUCCAUCAAACAAUGUGUAGAGGAUAAAGUUUCAGUCUUUUACAUAAUCCAGUUGGCCGUUUAGUGAAUUUAAGUACAGAAGCGGAGAAACUGAGGGGUUUGGUAACUUGUUUUUCAGCAUAUCAAGUCAGUUUUAGACUCAGACCCAAAAUAAAAGGAUCAGUUGAAGACUAACUUGUCUUCCUUUCAUAGUGGACUAUAUAAUGUUUUUUUUUCCUUCGUUGGGUGUUGGUUCUUUCGUUCUUUGUUUGUUUGAAACAGAAAAUAAAAAAUAAAAAAAAUUAACAGCUCGCUACGUAUGUAACAUUGCUAAACUGGCUUGAACCAUGAAGGAAGAUGGAAAUGAUAAGUGCGCAGAAAUGAUAAGUGUGCUUUGGUGUGCUUAUUCACCUGUA